AUGUCGAGGAAAGUUUAUAUGAGGGCGCCGGUAAUUAACGAAAUACAGGCGGACAAAACUUCUGACGGAUCGGAACGAAAAGGAGCGAAACGAUCAAAGGGAAAAUCAAGACGAUGUUGUGGUAAAAGUCGUGUGAGAGAAAGUGAGUCUGGUGAGACGGAGAGGGAAGGAACAUUAUGUGGAUGCUGUCAAAAGUCUAGAUCAAAACGAACAGAGAGUUUGGACAAAGCCACUGAGUGUUUUCUGGGCGAGGAUUCGCCCAAGUGUGAUAAAGUGCACGAUCAAAAUGGCAAACAAACUACGGAAUCAUCAGGUUCCCCUCCGGAAACUCCCAAGAGGGGUUAUUGCGCGUGCUGUUGUCCAUCCAAACCGAAACGGAUGGCCAUUCCUUGCGACGAGCCGGGUUCCGGAGAUCCGGAGUCGGGACAGCGUACAUGUGCUUCGUUUUGCCGUCGUCGUUGUUGUUGUUGUUGUAAAAACGUGACGGCGAAACAAGCGAAGAAAAAUUGUGUGAUUUGUUGUAAGAAAACGUUAGCCUUUUUCUUUUCCCACGUGGGACUAUGCUCGCUGGUGGUGGGUUACUCUAUAGCCGGUGGGUUUAUAUUCCAGAGCCUGGAAGCUCCGUUUGAACUGAAAGAACGUAGCAAUGUCGCGGAGAGGCGACAGUUCUAUGUGGAACGGUUGUGGAACGUUACAGAACAGCUGAAUAUCCUGUACGAGCUUAAUUGGACGAGUCUUGCGAACGACGUUUUGGUGGACUUUCAGGUGGAGGUAUACCGGGCCACAAAGGAGAAAGGUUGGAACGGUCAGGACGGGCUACAGGAGCUACAGUGGUCCUUCACCGGUGCGCUACUCUACUCUGUUACCGUCAUAACCACAAUAGGUUACGGCCAUAUUGCCCCCAGGACGAGGUACGGUCGACUGGUCACCAUAUUCUACGCCCUCGUGGGGAUUCCGUUAACCCUACUGUGCCUGGCGAAUUUAGGGUCUCUCUUUGGGGAUUGCUUUCGGUUUUUCUACAAACAUUUACUGCGAUUCUUGUCUUGGGUCUGUUUGCCAUCUAAAUCUUCAAAGUCGAAGCGCGGCAAGAGGGUAUCGUCCCGCGAAGAGCGGAACCCUUUACGAUCAUCGCAGGGUGGAGGUUCCGGGGAGGUGGAACCGUUCGAUCAGGAGGAAGUAGCGUCCAGUAAGGAGGAGGGUCCCGUGAGGGUGCCACUGUUUGUCUCCAUCCUCCUCAUAGCCAUGUACAUCUUCGGCGGUGCGAUGCUGUUUUCCAUGUGGGAGGACGACUGGGAUUACCUCAUCGGCUCCUACUUUUGCUUCAUCACACUUAGUACCAUAGGCUUUGGCGAUUUCGUCCCGGGCGCCUCUAUGAACUCAUGGGCUAACGAACAGAAGUCCGUGCUGUGCGCGUUGUAUCUCGUUUUCGGGCUUUCCCUGAUCGCGAUGUGCUUCAAUCUCAUGCAAGAGGAGGUGAAAGCCAAGUUCAGGUGGCUGGCUUUGAAGCUGAAUCUUAUUGACAAGGAUGUUAAGAAGCAACGGAUGCAAGGUCCCUCCAGGAUUCUUUGA